GUGAGGAAGGAGGGCACGCUCUGUUUACGUACUCAGGCGGGAUCAACCCGGAAGUACAUGUGCGCGGAGGCGGAAGUUGCAUCUAGUUUUUAUGUCCCGGAAUUUUGGAGUUUGUGAAGUGGUGGCGGUGGCAGUGAAUUCAAAAUGUCGAUAGAAAUCGAGUCUUCGGAUGUUAUACGACUGAUCAUGCAGUACCUGAAGGAGAACAGCUUGCAUCGUGCCUUGGCCACUCUUCAGGAGGAAACCACAGUGUCACUGAACACAGUGGACAGCAUUGAGAGCUUUGUGGCAGACAUUAAUAGUGGCCAUUGGGAUACAGUACUACAGGCAAUACAGUCAUUGAAGCUCCCGGACAAAACACUCAUUGAUCUGUAUGAGCAGGUUGUUUUGGAAUUGAUAGAGCUUCGUGAACUGGGUGCAGCCAGAUCCCUUCUUAGACAAACAGACCCAAUGAUCAUGUUAAAGCAGACCCAACCAGAACGAUACAUUCACCUUGAAAAUCUUUUGGCUAGGUCCUAUUUUGAUCCCCGUGAGGCAUACCCAGAUGGGAGCAGCAAAGAGAAGCGGAGAGCUGCCAUUGCCCAAGCUUUGGCUGGUGAAGUCAGUGUCGUGCCUCCAUCUCGUCUUAUGGCCUUGUUGGGACAGGCACUGAAAUGGCAGCAGCAUCAGGGACUGCUUCCACCUGGUAUGACAAUUGACUUGUUCAGAGGCAAAGCUGCUGUGAAAGAUGUUGAAGAGGAAAAGUUCCCCACACAACUGAGUAGACAUAUCAAGUUUGGCCAAAAGUCUCAUGUGGAGUGUGCUCGAUUUUCUCCAGAUGGUCAGUAUUUGGUCACUGGCUCAGUUGAUGGAUUCAUUGAAGUAUGGAACUUUACCACGGGAAAAAUUAGAAAGGAUCUGAAGUACCAGGCACAGGAUAACUUUAUGAUGAUGGACGAUGCAGUGCUGUGCAUGUGUUUCAGCAGAGACACUGAAAUGUUAGCAACUGGAGCACAAGAUGGGAAGAUCAAGGUGUGGAAGAUUCAGAGUGGGCAAUGUCUGAGGCGAUUUGAAAGAGCGCACAGUAAAGGAGUAACCUGCCUGAGUUUUUCCAAGGAUAGCAGUCAGAUUCUUAGUGCCUCUUUUGACCAGACAAUCAGGAUCCAUGGCUUGAAAUCUGGGAAGACGCUCAAGGAAUUUCGUGGUCAUUCUUCAUUUGUAAAUGAAGCUACUUUUACACAGGAUGGGCAUUAUGUUAUCAGCGCAUCCUCUGAUGGCACUGUAAAGGUUUGGAAUAUGAAGACUACAGAGUGCUGUAACACCUUCAAAUCACUUGGCAGCACAGCUGGGACAGACAUCACUGUGAACAGUGUGAUUCUGCUGCCUAAAAAUCCAGAGCACUUCGUUGUUUGCAACAGAUCAAAUACCGUUGUCAUUAUGAACAUGCAGGGACAAAUUGUGAGAAGCUUCAGCUCUGGUAAGAGGGAAGGUGGUGACUUUGUCUGCUGUGCCCUUUCUCCCCGAGGCGAGUGGAUCUACUGUGUGGGUGAAGAUUUCGUGCUCUAUUGCUUCAGCACCGUGACUGGCAAGCUAGAGAGAACUCUGACAGUUCAUGAGAAGGAUGUAAUUGGUAUCGCUCACCAUCCCCACCAGAACUUGAUUGGGACCUAUAGUGAAGAUGGGCUCCUGAAGCUGUGGAAACCAUAGAAUGGAUUUUUAUUUCUCCUCAGUGCAUGACUCUUGAAUGCAAGGGAAGGAUGUAUGUUGCGGAUUUUUUGUUUUCAAUUCUUCUGAGGUCCAAAAUGUGGUUUUAACUUAUACUGGCUUUCAUAUUCACAUUCAGGUGUCCCAAGAAAUGCUAGUUAGUACAGCCCUUGCUAGUUGUGUGCCUGAAUAGGACUGUUAAGAGUUUAACAUUCAUAUAUAACAUGAACAUAAGAUGCAUUGUAUUUGCAAUGAGCACAUUCAAGCCAAAGUUGAACACUUUACAACCCCAUUGAUUUCAGAAGCACAUGGUUGUGUAUCUCCUUCUGAAGUGCAUGGGACUUCCAAGCCCCUUAACUUCGGCUAUGAACCUGGCAACAGUCUUGUGUUUUUUCCUGCUCCAGGUAAAAGUUCAGUGUCCCCUUAGAACAUGAUUUGCCCUGAUUAGCAUAGAACAUUUUAAAGUAUAUAUGCCCUUCAGUAUCCUAAAAUACAUCAGAUGUUACUCCAUUUUCCUUCAUCCAGCUAUUUUUAGAAGCCUACUUGAGUGACUGUUAAAUCUUGAUUUAGGGUUAUGUAUAGCUUUUAUUUCGAACAGUAGUUUUACGUUGUCUGUCUCUUCCCUAAUAAAAUAACUUUUAUUACAA